AUGGUCUACAAAUUCAAGAUGAAUGAGGUAGAUUUCUGGAAUAAAUACUUCAAAGCUGAGUAUCUUCAUAGCACCAAAAAUGCUGUUGCAGCAGCUGCUGAGGCUGCUGAAGACGAGGAUCUUGCUGUCUUUUUGAAAGAUGAUGAGAUAUUAGAAAUCGAAGCUCGAAAGAAGGUUCGACGUGUUGAUCCAACUUUAGACAUGGAAGCAGACCAAGGAGAUGAUUACACACAUCUUCCUGAUCAUGGAAUCUUCCGAGACGGCUGCAAGGAAAUAUCUGAAGCCCAAAAUUCUCUGUAUAAGAGAACAUUGUUGCAAGAUCUUAAUAGACAAGGUGCAGUUGUUCUUGAAGGGAAAACUUCAGAUAUGGAGAUGGAACACCCAAAAACAGCAGCUGAAGUUCUUGCUCGAAGAAAACAGGAAUCUGAUGGGGUUGUGGACAUCGAUGAGGAGAGACGAAACAGAAUUUCUAAAAUGACCCCAAUUGAAGAUCUUCAGGCACAAGAUGAUCAUCCUUAUGCACCACUCUGUAUCAAGGAUCCUCGUGACUAUUUUGAUUCCCAACAAGCUAAUGCAGUAAAAACGUUGGAUGAUUCCCAACCUGGAAUGCAGCAAAUGAUAUGUAGUUUGGGUUCUGAGGAAGCCUAUGCCUCUUUGAGGGCAUCGAUAUCUAAAAUCCAAGCUACUGGAUUAAGGGAUCCUUUCUUUAGUCCUGAGGUUGCUCUUAAGGUCCUUCACGGAUUGACUAAAAAUAUCUCAAGCACCAAAUAUCAUCUUGGGAAAACUUCUCAAGAGAGUGUCCUUGAUAUAUUGCCCAAUACAAUCAAGGAAAAACUACUAGAUCACUGGGUGUGCAGUCAGGAAUUGCUGAGGCACUUUUGGUCUUCAUAUCCAGUUACAACACAAAACCUUGUUAAUAAGACAAGAAGACUGAAAGAUUCCAUAUCACAAAUAUAUUCUAAACUCGAGGAAAUAAAGGUAUCUGCAAAGUCAGACUUGCGGCACCAGGUUUCCCUUGUUGUCCAUCCUAUGCAGCAGUUUGACAUGUUACUUGGCAUCCAUUUGGUGGUGGCAUAUAAUGUGACAUGUUUAGAUGCAUGGCACGUGUUUCGCACACCGACUGAUGUUCUUGUUCAGUUCAAUUUAGCUCUGGAUGCUGCCUUGCUACAUUACGAGGCUGACACUAGGAAAAGAAAUGCAAGAGGAUCAAAGUCUAAUGGUUAUGUUUAG